UCAGUAAAAACAUUUCAAAUGUUUUUUACUGGCUUUUAAGUGGGUUUAUGUCUUGAAUUGACUAUUUAUACAUGGAUUCUGACUGUUCCUUUAGUAUGCAGAUAUCUGAAGUGGCUUCAGUUAAUGAGAAGAGUAAGGUUGGUCCAUACCCAUCUACCAGUGUUAACACCCAGGCAUCCAAUAAUACCAAAGCACUAUGUAAUGCCAUGGAAGCAAGACAUGAAAAACCGAUCACUUAUAUUAAAGAAUGCAAAGCUCUCUGGGAUCCCCCAUGGACCCCAUGAGGUGACCUUGUUCUGGGAGCAACAUGAACGACUUUGUCACGGGGAGGAGAGGACAGGCCUGCUGGGAGAAACUCGGUACAAAAUUCCUCAGAAACUGCUCAAUCCUCCUGUAACCUCCCUCUACUCCAAAUACCGGAGUACACUGAUCACUAGAAGAGGCAUGCCCUUUACUCAAUAACUCAGUGUUUGCUUAUGAAUGCAUAAUGUUGUUUUGCAUGUUGUUGUGCAUAAAACACCUACUUCCAUCA